AUGGCAGUAGAUACUAGCAAUGCAGUCUACUUCUGGAAGCCAGAAGGAGACGUCGGAUACUUGGGGCAAUGGUGGCCAUCCUCAUUCACAUGGGAGCAUGACGGCGAGAAAUACACCUACGCAAAUGCAGAGCAAUUUAUGAUGCAUCGCAAAGCACUCCUCUUCGCUGGCCCAAGUCACCCGAUCAGCCGGGAACUUCAGAAGGGUUGGAAAUUACACCCAAGGGACCUCCGGGAUCUAGGGCGAAAGAUCCCCAACUUCACCCAAGAAGUGUGGGAGCAGAAUCGAUUUGAGAUUGUUGUGGAAGGAAACUAUCUCAAAUUCUCGCAGAACGCAGACCUCAAGCAGAAGCUUCUCGAGACUAGUAACCGAGAGUUGGUCGAGGCUAGCCCUCGGGAUAGAAUCUGGGGAGUUGGGUUCGGAGCGAAAAAUGCGGGUGCUAAUCGAAGCAAGUGGGGGUUGAACUUACUGGGUAAAGCGCUCAUGGAGACAAGAGAGAAACUGUUAAUAGAGGACGCUGGCAAGAAGAAUAGUUCAAAGGCAUGA